GCUGUGGUUCUUGCGAGCGUUGUCCACAAUCUUCGUUCAAACUCCGAACUGCGAAUUGACAAUGCUUCCACGCGACUCACCAUUGUUGCACACCUCGUGCACUGAUUGUGAUUCCAUUCUCAUCAUCAAACCUGCUUCCGUUGUCAAUUGCCGCUCUCUCUCUCAUGCCCUUGCGAUAUCUGUUCCGGUUGGAGCCGUCGAAGUGUCCAUCUUCACUCUUGUUUGGAUGUGUUCACAAUUUUCACCUUGUCCGCUUAAGCAUUGUUGAACGCUGGUGGAAAUUCACUUGGAAGCGAGGUCGACGUUUAUGCAGUUGAAUGGUGAUUUAUGGAACGAUGGAACAUGCGUUGUUUUGAAGAUGAUAGAUCCAGUUGAGCGGAGUUUGUGUUCCAAGGGGUUGCGGGUGGAGCUUUGAAGGUGGACGUUGGAGGGAGUCUCUUUUGUGGCACUUGCUGGACAGUUGAUGCAGUUGUUAACGAUGACCGAUACAAGGAGCAAGCCUACGUUGACAUGGACGAGUUGAUGUGAAAGUAGAGCUCGGCACGUGUAUUUUGUGCAAUCUGUUGCGACUCUGAAAUGAAAAUUGACGUAACACCUCUAACUCCGAUAUUACACGUCCAAGUGACGUGAAAGUGCAUCGCUGCUUGUUCAACAUUCGGUUGCUGUUCCAAACUCAGGCAGUUCUUGGUGCUAGCGAACAGGUCACGAUGAGCCAGAUGAGUACUCAUCAGCGAGGCAGCAAACUGACCAAGAUGCAGAAGAUGGCGUCAAUCAACGCACAGAUGCGAUUAUUGCUGCCGAAGAAAGUAUCUGACGAUGACCAAUUGGUGGAGUACGACUCAAUACUGCUGGAUCGGUUUCUUAAUGUCCUACAGGAUCUUCAUGGUUCUGAUGUCAAAGAGACGGCAAAAGCACCGCAGGUCUGAAUGGUUAUUUCGUCACCAAGGUUGUCGAGCUGGAUUUCUUUUCGAAGAAAAUGCUUGGAAACCUUCAAGUUUAUCCUCUAAUCUCAGUUGGUCAGCAUUUACUGAAGUAUUUCGUUGGUUGCAAUCAAUGAAAGAAGUUUUCUUUAAUUUUCUCCACAAUUCCUCCAAAUUCCAGGUAGAAAAAUGCUACGAAUUAUCAGGGAUGUACAGCAGGGUGGAAGGGCAAGGGGACCUUGAGAAACUCGAGAGACUAGGAGAACUCCUGAAUAAUCUGGACGCAGGUGACUCGAUCGUUGUGGCAAGUUCUUUUUCUCACAUGCUCAACUUGGGAAAUUUGGCCGAGGAGGUACAAAUUGCCUAUCGUAGGCGAGUAAAGAUGGCAAAGAAGGGUGAUCUAGGAGAUGAGAACAGUGCUCUGACAGAAUCGGACUUGGAAGAGACUUUCCGGCGCCUGGUGAACCAAAUAGGGAAGACUCCUGCAGAGAUUUUUGAGGCCUUGAAACAUCAGACGGUGGAUCUCGUAUUGACUGCCCAUCCUACUCAAUCGGUUCGACGAUCUCUACUUCAGAAGCAUACCAGGAUUAGGAGCUGCUUGUCGCAGCUGAAUCAGGUUGAUAUCACCAGCGACGAGAGACAGGAACUAGAUGAAGCUUUGCAUCGUGAGAUUCAAGCAGCAUUCAGAACUGAUGAGAUUCGGCGCACACCACCAACGCCCCAAGACGAGAUGCGUGCUGGUAUGAGCUAUUUUCAUGAGACUAUCUGGAACGGAUUGCCGAUAUUUCUUCGCCGUGUGGACACGGCUCUCAAAGCAAUUGGUGUGGAGGAACGGUUACCUUACGACGUUCCCCUAAUUCAGUUCUCCUCUUGGAUGGGUGGUGACCGAGAUGGCAAUCCGCGAGUCACACCGGAAGUGACCAGAGAUGUUUGUUUGCUGGCAAGAUUGAUGGCAGCGAAUCUCUACUUCGCACAAAUUGAGGAUCUCAUGUUUGAGUUGUCCAUGUGGCGCUGUAGCGAUGAACUUCGCAAUAGGGUAGUUCAAUUGACAGGAGCUACAAAAAAAGAAGCAAAGCAUUAUAUAGAGUUUUGGAAGACAAUUCCGUCCACCGAACCUUUCCGUGUUGUUCUUGGUGACGUUCGGGACAAGCUUUACCAAACUCGUGAGCGGAUGCGGCAGCAAUUAUCGAGCGGCAAGAGCGAAAUUGCAUUAGAUGAGACUUUCACGGACAAAUCGCAGAUUAUCGAGCCCCUUGACUUGUGCUAUCGAUCCCUGUGCGAGACAGGUGACAAACCAGUUGCGGAUGGCAGCUUGUUGGAUUUUAUGCGUCAAGUAUCAUGCUUUGGGUUAAGCCUAGUCAAAUUGGACAUUCGCCAAGAAUCAGAACGGCACGCUGAUGUCAUGGACGCCAUCACCCUUCAUCUAGGGAUGGGAUCCUACAAAGACUGGUCUGAAGAACAGCGCCAGGAGUGGCUAAUAUCUGAGCUGCGUGGCAAAAGACCUCUUUUUGGAUCCGACUUGCCCAUGACUGAGGAAGUCAAAGAUGUUUUGGAGACUCUACGUGUAGUUGCGGACCUACCCUCGGAUUGCUUUGGAGCUUAUAUUAUCUCGAUGGCAACGGCACCUUCUGAUGUUCUAGCAGUAGAGCUUUUGCAGCGUGAGUGUCAAGUUCCUAAACCACUUCGUGUUGUGCCCUUGUUUGAGAAACUAGCUGACUUGCAGUUGGCGGCUGCAACCCUCUCUCGACUGUUUUCAAUCGACUGGUACUUGAACCAUAUCAACGGAAAACAAGAGGUAAUGAUUGGCUACUCGGAUUCUGGGAAAGAUGCCGGGCGGUUGUCAGCAGCUUGGCAGAUGUUCACGGCUCAGGAAGAACUGGUUAAGGUAGCAAAGCAAUACGGAAUCAAGUUAACCAUGUUUCAUGGACGUGGAGGAACUGUAGGCAGGGGUGGUGGUCCUACUCAUCUCGCCAUUUUAAGCCAACCUCCUGAUACUGUAAACGGGUCUCUGAGAGUAACCAUUCAAGGUGAGGUGAUUGAAAAAUCCUUUGGAGAGGAAGAAUUAUGUUUUCGCACCCUGCAGCGGUUCACAGCAGCAACUCUUGAACAUGGAAUGCAUCCACCCUUUGCCCCUAAGCCAGCAUGGCGAAAUUUAAUGGAUGACAUGGCUGGAGUGUCAACUGAAGAGUACCGAUCUGUUGUAAUGAAGAACCCAACAUUUGUACCAUACUUCCGAGCAGCGACCCCUGAGCAGGAAUACGGACGAAUGAACAUUGGCAGUAGACCAGCCAAGAGAAAACCCAGUGGUGGCAUUGAAUCGCUUCGUGCUAUUCCUUGGAUAUUUGCUUGGACACAGACAAGGUUUCAUCUACCAGUUUGGUUAGGAGUUGGUGGUGCUUUGAAGUACGUAUUGCAGGUAGACCCUAAAAAUAUGGGUAUUCUUCGGAAAAUGUAUGAUCAAUGGCCAUUUUUCCGGGUGACCUUGGAUCUUAUAGAGAUGGUGUUUGCCAAAGGAGAUCCUCGCAUUGCUGCAUUAUAUGAUAGAUUGCUUGUUAAAGAUGAUCACAAAUCCUUUGGUGAAAAGCUGAGAAACAACUACAAUGAAACUAGAGAACUUGUUCUAAAGGUUGCUGGACAUGAAGACGUCCUGGAAGGAAAUCCUACUCUCAAACAACGCUUGAGAUUACGUGAACAAUAUAUAACUCCUCUCAAUGUACAGCAAGCCUACACAUUGAAAAAAAUGCGGGAUUUUAGGGCUCAGCUUGGUGUUCAUGAGGAGAAUGCGAAUCAGGAGGAGCUCCACAACGGAAAGGUUUCGUCCGAAUUGGUGAUGUUGAACACUACCACACAGUAUCCUCCGGGGUUGGAAGAUACUCUGAUUCUCACCAUGAAGGGAAUUGCUGCUGGCAUGCAAAACACAGGUUGAGGAUUCUAAUGGUCAUAUUAAAAACCUCACGAAGGAGGCAUGUGUAAUCCCUCCGGAGGGCGAUCUUACAAGAGCAUGAAAAAAAAAUGGAUGUUAGGGUCGAAUUCAGAACUUCCGAGCGGAUUAUUUUCUUCAAGCCAAAGGUGUGAAGAGACAAGCAAACCAUUGCCAAUUCAUCUUUAGCUGAAGACCAAUAGCUGAUUGCGAUAGAGGGUCUUGUUUCGGCCAAUUGUAUGGCAUGUGGUGUGGUUUUUGUACUUUAGUUACUACCUCGCUUCUUUUUGGUUAGGCAUCUCUUAUUAAAUAUUAAGACGCUUGAAAGAUUUCUGGAGGUUGUCAAAUUGGAAGGAGGAGCUGAUGGUGAACCCGACACAGCUGUCAUGACCAAACCAAGCAUGACAGCCUGGUUAUGCAUGAAUACAAAUUAGAUGAUAAUUGUUGGCAAACCA